AUUGAAUUAAUUAUAUUUUAAUUUCAAUAUGCGCAAUGAAUGAAUACAAGGAAUAUUUACAAAAAUUACGCAGAUGGACACUAAAUACAAGUCAUUUCAUUUUGAAUAAUGACAAGGAUCCCGUAUUCAUACACUAUGUGAAACUACUUCUUGAAGUAGAAUAUAAAGAUGGGUCAUAUUAUACAUAUUACGGAGAAAUAAAAAAGAUUGUUAACAUUUUUCUCAUUCACUGGACUGAUGUUAUGAAUCAAGCAAUCAUAGAAGCAGACCGGCUUAGUCAUAAUGCUUUUAAACAUGAACUCCUAGAAAUCAUAGAAAGAACGAUUAAAUUUCAUCAAGCUCAACAAGUAGAUUUCGGUAAACAUUUCCUUCCAAUUGAAACACUUCGAGAAAAGAAUACAUUUGAAGAAGUAGAAAAAAUAUAUCAUCGUUUCAUGGGAGAGUUAUACAUUAUAAGGGAGAUUAUUAAAAAGUUCGACACACCAGAAAAAGUGCAUAAUUUUGCAAAAGAGCACUUUCCUAUAUCGCUCAAACAUAAAAAUACUUUAUUUGCUUUUACGUAUGAAUAUAUCACGUUAUUGUUAGCUAGGAAUAUCAACAAGAUACGCGUAAGUUUGGAAGAAAUCCACAAACGGAUGCAAUCGAAUCUCUAUAGCAUUCAAGAAGAAUGUAAUGCAAGUCUCAGCAGCCUGCUUCAUCAGCUCUACGACAAAAAUAAGGAGCACUUGACGAUAUUCAGACAAGAUAUCCGUUCUUCGUUCGAUAUUGCUGAAGUUCAACGAAGUAUAUCAAUUAUAAAAGAUAAAAUCGAGGACUCAAAACACGUGCCCACAGAACGUUUAAAAGAAGAAGUCAAUUAUUGGCGGGAAAGAGUUUUCGAAUUUAACGUUAUCUACAAAACUAUGAUGAAGUUGAAAGAAGAGAAGGACGCAUUGACGGUAGAUGAAAAAAUGUUUCUAGAAGUUUUAGAGAAUCCAGAGAGGAAAUACGAACCGGAAGUUGUUCUUGAUGAUAGUGACAAACAGAAGGUGGAACGCUUGCAUAAAUUAACAUUGAAUGCCGCGAAAGCUCUUUUUACAUUUUUUACGUUAAAAGGACCAGACAGGAAGUUUUACAAAGACAGAAUAAUUGGUACGUACUAUAUAGACGAAUAUGGGCACCAAGUUUACAUGUACGACUAUGGGCUCAACAUGUAUCACGUCGAUUGCAAAGGGCAAUUCGUCGAUUUUCAGAAGCACGAAAACGACCUAUACUUCUACGACACAUUCGGGCGCUACAUAAUCAAAAAUGGCGAACAAUUGUAUCAAAUCGCGCCAUGCAGUAGUCUUUACAAACUUGACAAUGACAUAAGAGUCAAAGUGACGCAAGACUGCGGCCAUUCUGAACGAGUGAACAAAGAUUGUAAGAUGCAAGUCAAAGAUCCGUUUGAUGUGGAGAUGUUGCCUCAAUGUAAACCUGUGGAUACUAGAGGAAAGUUAGACACGGAAACAGUAAAUUAUCUCUGGGAGAAUUUCGGGCAUAUUCUUCCAGAAGCUCUGCUGGAUGUAGCUAAAGCACAGCCUAAGAGACCAAUUCAUUAUCUUGCACAUAAACUGUUGUACCACAAAUAUAGAAGAACUCCAACUGAAAUACAAAAGGAGAAACAAAGCGCUCACGAGUAUAGAGAAGCAAUUCUUCGAAAACGAAAAGAAGAAACCAUAAAAUUGAGUAAACAAUGGAAGGAGAAGCAAGUGAAACAUAGGAAGCCGGAGGAAUCCGACGAUACGGAGCAGUGGUUACACUACAACACAUAUGUCGCGAAGCAAGAGUUUAUCAGAUGUUUGGAAAAUUAUAACGUUUAA